CAUAAGUGUGAGGUAUAACAGGAGUUUAUUUGAUCAUACAAACAGCAUAAAAUAUUAGAGAAAAAUGAUUAAGAUUGUGUGUUGGUCGUUUCUGCUUUUGGCGGGAAGCUAUGGAUUGCCUCUGGACUCGGACGUCGAUACGUCUAUGUAUUUUGGUAAUAUAGAUCCUGUUCUCAUCGAGAGUUCGGUCGCCGGUCCGGUCCCUUAUAUGGUGGCAGUAACUCACGGAUUGGCGCCCAGGGUUUUACAAUGUGGAGCCUCACUUAUUACCACCCGUCAUUUCCUAACCACGGCUGGCUGCGUGUACUUUACAGGAGAGUCAAGGCGUCAUCUUCAAGGGACUGUAGGAACUAAUCUUUGGAAUUCUGGUGGAACACAUUAUUCCGUUGUUCGCGUUAUAAUUCAUAGAGAAUAUAGCAUAUUUACUUACAAAAAUGACAUAAGUAUCCUUGUGACAUCGUCCGAGGUGAAACUAAGUGAGGCGGUUCAACCUGUUGUUCUAAACUAUGACUUCAUACCAGCCAAAGUUGCUGCUGUAGUCAACGGUUGGGGAGUGACUAAUGUAACGGAAUUCAAAUCGCCGACCAUGUUAAUGGAACUUCAAACAAACAUAGUUGAUGGCAAAGAAUGCGCAGCGGAUAUAGCGGAUCUGGCCAAAAAACUCAAAAGGCCUGUCCACCACGUAAAUCCAGAACUUGAAAUUUGUGCAUUUCACAGUGCGAAAAGUGGAGUUUGUUACGGUGACGGAGGUUCGCCAUUAGUACUCAAAGAAAACAGACAGCAAAUCGGUAUUGUGUCUUGGGGCAUAAUCUGCGCAAAGGGUGUACCGGACGUGUACACACGAAUCAGUGCAUUCAAAUCCUGGAUACAAAAAAACACAAUUCUAUAG